UGUACACAUGACUCAGUCAACAGAUUUUUGAGUUUAGUCAAAUUGAAUUUUAUUUUGUGAACAACAGAACCACAGCCAAAUAAUUGCUUAAAAAUGGCUGACGAUGAUAAGGACAAGAAAAAGGAAGUGAUCGACAACCGGCCCGAGUUCUUCUGGAACUAUGUGUCCAAGACUAUGCGCCUAAAGCUGGAGAAAUGGACCAAGCUGAUGUCCACGAACGAGUACAAGGAUCUGAUAAUGGAGUUCCUGAACGAUCCGAACCAGCAUCGCCUGAUAUUUACCAUCAAUACGGGCGGACAGCUGUAUCCCUCGUUCAAUUUUCCCUCAAAGCCGCGCACCAAGACGGCCUACUUCAUACGCAAUUCAAUGCCCCUCACACUGACCGAGGAGAAUAUGCUAAAUUCCCUGAUGAUUGGCGAUCUGCUGCCGAAUCCAUUGAAAAAUCUGUCGGUGCUGCUGGAUGAGGUUUUCUUUCCGCUGCUGAACAACCCCGCCAAUCAGGUGGGCUGGACGAGUGUGAUUGCCAACGACAUGAAGACAGAGUCACAGGAGAUGCGCAAUGGCAUUGCCCAGAUGAUGGGAUUGGUUAUCAAUCGAACCAUAUUACCCCUGCCCAUUUGUAUGAACGAGGUCAUGGAUGCCGCACCGGCCGUAGCCGCAGGGGACACUGCUGUGGUUCAUUCCCAGAUGAAGCAUUCACUCGAAUUCAUGGUUGUCAAAUGGCUCGAUGCGGUGGAGGAUAUGGUUAACAUUAAGCCAGACCAAAAGAUAUACUCCAAGGAGAAGUUCCCCCUGACCGAGGCCAUUUUUGCCUUCUGGGAAUCACGCCUGGAGAAUCUGGAAAACCUCGCCGAUCAGCUGGGCGACAAGCGCAUCAAGACAAUUGGCUUUGUCCUCGAGAAAAUUCAAUCAAUCUUUGAGCAAACAUAUCGCCGCAUAGUGGAACUUGUGCUCGAUGCACUGGCCGAGGCCAGGGACAUCACAAAAUGCCUGUCGGCACUGAAAAAGAAAAUGGAUAAGUUCGAGGCGAAUGAUUUGGAUGAAAAUAGACCCGAAAUUCGUCCACUGAUGCUGACGGUGGGCCUGGUGUGGGGACAUUCGCGUUACUUUCACACUCUGGAUAAUAUGACGCUGUUUUUUAAUGCCUUUCACAACUCACUGAUUGAGUGCGCCAUUCGCACCAUAGAGCCUGACGCUUUGUUUCAGGGCGACAUAGACGAGGCCUACAGAAGGAUCUCCACGAACAUUGAGCACUUGGAGUAUUACAAAAGCAUCUACCAGGAGUGCCGCAACACGUUGAAAAAGUUCAAAAUUGGCACCACCUUCAAUUCGCAGGACUGGACCUGGCACCCAGAAAAAAUCUUUACACGCUUGGAUGCAUUCAUGGAGCGGCUGCACGUACUGAAGGAGGUGUUCAACACGGGCCGCGACUUCAUCAAGCUGGAGAAAAUUGUAAUGGGUGGCCUCAGGGGGCGGCAGAUCACAGCCGCACUGGAGAAAAUCCUCGAAGACUUCAACAGCACGUAUCGCGAGUGGACGAAUAUUCAGUACAAUCCGCUCGAUCCCGAUGCGGAGAACUCGCACUUCGAAGAGGAUCGCUUGAAGUUCCAGGACAAAACGGACAUCAUGGAGCGCAUGAUAUCGUUUCAGUUCGAGAAGGCUCUCGAGGACACACACGAGCUGCUGCUGGGCGGCUCGCUGCUUAUGCGACCCGUCAUCAAGGCUCACAUGGAUCCCUUUAUGCAUGUCAUAGUGGAUGACUUCGAGGAGGAGAUUAUGAAUGUAAAAGAGGACUUUAAUGAGUUCAAAAGCGCCUAUUUGACAAAGGGUGUGGAUGAACUACAAACCGAUGAUUGUUUCCCCAAAGUUUCGGGCGCUGUGUCGUGGCUCAAGAAGCUCAGAUAUCGCAUAACAGCCAUGAAUAAAGAGCAUGAGAUGUACGAUUAUCCCCUCUUCGCCAAUGAACACGGUGCGCAUGUCAUGGACAUCUACAAUCAAAUGCUGAACGAAAUUGAUGAUUUUAUUAAGCAAAUAUUAGACAAGUGGAUGGUGGAAUGCUGGCAGGGCAUUCAAGAGGACAUGGCUCUGACGCUGCUGCUCAAGGACGAGGAGGGAAAGAUCAGUGUUAAUUUUACGGAGCGCCUGAAGAUAGCGCUGAAAGACAUCAAAGUGCUGCGAUUGCUCGGCUGUGAGAUGAACCCAAAUUUAAUGCAAUUCUUUAGCCGCGAAGAGGAGCUUUGGCAAGCACGCAUCAAGCUGUUGCGCAUUGCCGAGUGGUACAACGACACCAAUGAGCGUGCUCAUCCCACGGAGAAGGGACUGAUUGCCGCUGAAAUGUCGCUGAUUGAGCAGCACAUUGCACCAAUGAUUAGUUCGAUUACCUGGAAUGAGUUUAGUCAACGCUACAUUGUGAUGAUCUUCAAGAUGGUCAAGUACUUGCACGAUCGUCUGGUUGCUGCCCAGGAGAAUCUGCAGGCCAUCAAGGACAGCAUUCGCAGCUGGGGCAAGGUGACACUCUUCCAGCGUAAGGACUUGAAUCCGCGACUGCUGCUGCACACAGAUCCACGGGAACCCAUCCUGGAGGAGCGUGCAGCUCUGGCAGCCAUUUCCCAGCGACUGAUUGAUCUGCUUAUGUACGUCAAUCUGAAGCUGUUCUUUGACAUUCCACGGCGCUACAGCCUGCCACCGGGGGAGCAUGGCGAGGAGGAGGAUGAGGGCGAUGGCAUUUGGCCGCCGUUGGUCAGUCUCUCCGUGAUGACCACGGUGCAGGUGAAGAAGAAACACGACGGUGACGACGAGGAGGAGGACGAAGAGGAGAUCGAAGAGGAGCAGUCGGAGAGCGAGGAGGAGAUCAUCACUCCAUUCCAUCGCUACGAACUGCUCAAGGGAGUGAGCGAAGAGGAGCGUGAGCUCUUCCGCGAAUACGAGUUGUACGUGGACAAAAUCAUUGCGGAGAGUCUGCUGGACGCGGUCAUCACCAGCACCACAUACCUGCGCAUGGAGGUGGAGAAUCGCUUCGAGCACAACUCGCCCAUCUUUGAGAUAUUCAUGGAGCUGCAGGAGCCGAACGUUGUCUACUUCCUCAACCUCGAUGUCAGCUCCCAGACGGGCUUCUCCGUCUUUGUGGACACUUUGCUGAGCAACAUAAGCGGACAGAUGAGUCUGCUGUAUCGUGUGGCACAAGAUCCGCCCGAGAUCAGCGGGGAAGAGGCAGCAAAUUUCAUGGAUGAACUGGAGGCAAAGCCCGACCUGGAUAAGCUCACAAAUGACAUUACGAACAAAGUGAAGAUGGCCCUGCAGGCCAUUCGUUUGCAUGGCAAGGGGUAUAUGGAGUACUCCUAUCUGUGGAUCUGGAACAAGCCGAACUAUCUCAUGGAAGUGAAGAAGUACGGCAGGAGCCUGACGCUGGACGAGCGCGAUGCGGAGGCGGAGCUGGAGGGCAGCUCCGGUGUCGCUCCACUGGGCACGGAGUACCCACCGCUAUCCGUGUACAAGGAUCAGCUGGACAAGUUCAUAGAGCUGCAGGAACAGGUGCGCACAUGGGACACGUACGAGGACUUCUUUGUGUUCCUGCGCCUCAACAUGGGCGGCUUCAAGUUGGCGGUGCUGCAUCAGGUGGGCCAGUGGAUCAGCCUCUUCAAAAUGGAUCUGAUCAAUCGCGUCAAGGACUCGCUAAGCGAACUGCAAGACUUUGUGGACGAGGCCAACAUUGUGCUCAAGGUGGAGCUGCAAAAGGAUGACUUCGAAGGCCUCAUCAAGAUCCUCUCCGUGUUGAACCAAAUCAAUGAGAAGCAAUUCAUCUACGAUUCGAUGUUUGAGCCCCUCAAGGAGAUCAUCGAUCUGCUGCGGCUGUACAACUACGAGUUCAAGGACACGGAACUGGCGCAAAUCAACGAACUGCCCGAUGCCUGGAUGAAGGUGAAGCGUCUGGCGGCCACCACGAAGCAGCUGAUCGCACCCAUCCAGAGCUACCAAGUGGAUCUGAUCGAGAAGCGAAUUAUGCUCUGCGACAACAUGUCCAACACUUAUCGCAAGAAGUUCCUGCGCAAGAAGUUCUUCAAUGUGCCAUGCCCCAAUUGCUAUGAGCUGAUCGAUGAGUCCGACCUGGAGCUUGUCGAACUGGAGGAGCGGCAAAAGAGCCUCGCGGAAUCGGCGGUUCUCUUCGAGUUGACGGGCCCGGAAGCCGCCAAGAUCGAACUGUGUCGCAGCGAUCUGAAGCUGGUGAAGAUCAUGUGGGACUUUGCCAUCACCAUACAGUCCACGAUCAACGACUGGCAGAAGACGCCCUGGAAGAAGAUCGACAUCGAGACCAUGGACCAGGAGUGCAAAAAGUUUGGCCGCGAGCUGCGUGGCCUGGACAAGACCAUGCGCACCUGGGAGCCAUUCAUCUUCAUGGAAGCAUCGCUCAAGAAUCUGAUGACCUCGCUCAGGGCCGUCACGGAGCUGCAGAACCCGGCAAUACGCGAUCGCCAUUGGAUCGAGCUGAUGCAAACGACGCAGGUGAAGUUCAGCAUGGAUGACUCCACGACGCUGAAGAAUCUCAUCGACCUGAACCUGCACGAGUACGAGGAGGAAGUGAAGAACAUUGUGGACAAGUCGGUGAAGGAGAUGGCCAUGGAGAAGCAGCUGCGCGACAUUGCCACCGCCUGGGCAACCAUGGAGUUUGGCAACGAGAUACACGAGCGCACGGGGCUGAAGCUGCUGAAGGCAUCCGAGGAGAUGAUCGAGACGCUGGAGGAUCACCAGGGACAGCUGCAGAACAUGGCCUCGUCCAAGUACAUUGCGUUCUUUGAGACCGAAGUGCGCUCGUGGCAGCAGAAGCUCUCCAAUGCGGAUCAGAUCAUUGGCUCGUGGUUCGAGGUGCAGCGCAAGUGGCAGUACCUGGAGAGCAUAUUCAUUGGCUCCGAGGACAUACGCUCACAGCUGCCGGAGGACUCCAAGCGCUUCGACUUCAUAGACAAGGAGUUCAAGGCGCUGCUGGCCCAAAUGAACUCCGAUCGGAAUGUGGUUCGUUCCACCAAUCGUUCCGGCAGCAAACUCUACGAACAUCUCGAGGGUCUGCUCAAGAUGUUGCUGCUCUGCGAGAAGGCGCUGAAUGACUACCUGGAGACGAAGCGUCUGGCCUAUCCGCGCUUCUACUUCGUAUCCUCUGCCGACUUGCUGGACAUUCUGUCGAAUGGCAACAAUCCCGCCGCCGUGUCCCGCCAUCUCACCAAGCUCUACGAUUCGCUGGGCAAACUGAAUCUCAUUUCUGGCUCCAAGAAUGCCGCGGGCAUGGUGGCCAAGGAGCUGGAGGAGUACGUGCCCUUCCUGGACAACUGCGACUGCAGCGGCAAGGUCGAAGUCUGGCUGAAUCGUGUCACGGACAAAAUGCGCGACACGCUGCGGGACCAGCUGAAGCGUUCCUUGACCACCUACGACCACAAGCCGCGUCACGUGUGGAUCUUCGAGUGGCCCGCCCAACCGGCCCUCGUGGGCACACAAAUCAUGUGGACAACGGAGACAAACGAUGCCUUUGCCAAGGUGCAGCAGCGCUACGAGAAUGCCCUCAAGGACUACAACAAGAAGCAAGUGAAUCAGUUGAAUAAUCUAAUUAUGCUGCUGCUGGGCGACCUCACAGCUGCGGAGCGGCAGAAGGUCAUGACUGUGUGCACCAUCGAUGUGCACAGCCGCGAUGUGGUGUCCACCAUCAUCGCCAAGAAGGUGGAGGUGCAGACAGCCUUCCAGUGGCAGAGUCAGCUGCGUCAUCGGUGGGACAACAAAGUCGACGAUUGCUUUGCCAACAUUUGCGAUGCACAAUUCCGCUACGACUACGAGUAUCUGGGGAAUACACCCCGCCUGGUGAUCACACCGCUCACGGAUCGCUGCUACAUCACACUGACGCAGUCGCUGCAUCUGGUGAUGGGUGGAGCGCCCGCGGGUCCCGCUGGCACGGGCAAGACCGAAACAACCAAGGAUCUGGGACGUGCGCUGGGCAUGAUGGUGUACGUCUUCAAUUGCUCGGAGCAAAUGGACUACAAAUCGAUUGGCAACAUACACAAGGGACUGGCGCAGACCGGCGCCUGGGGCUGCUUCGAUGAGUUCAACCGCAUCUCCGUGGAGGUGCUGUCCGUGGUGGCGGUGCAGGUCAAGUGCAUACAGGAUGCCAUCAAGGGCAAGAAGCAGACGUUCAGCUUCCUCGGCGAGCACAUUUCGCUGCGCAACACCGUGGGCGUGUUCAUAACCAUGAAUCCCGGCUAUGCGGGUCGCGCGGAGCUGCCCGAGAACCUCAAGGCCCUGUAUCGACCCUGUGCGAUGGUUGUGCCUGAUUUUGCACUGAUUAGUGAGAUAAUGCUGGUGGCCGAGGGCUUCCAGGAGGCACGUCUGCUGGCACGCAAAUUUAUCACCCUCUACACGCUGUGCAAGGAGCUGCUCUCGAAGCAGGACCAUUACGAUUGGGGUCUGCGUGCCAUCAAGUCGGUGCUGGUCGUUGCCGGUGCCCUGCGGCGCGACGAUCGCCAGCGACCCGAGGAUCAGGUGCUAAUGCGAGCUCUGCGAGAUUUCAAUAUACCCAAAAUUGUCACCGACGAUGUGCCCGUGUUUAUGGGUCUGAUUGGAGACCUCUUCCCCGCGCUGGAUGUGCCGCGGAAGCGGAAUAUGGAAUUUGAGGCUGUGAUCAAGCGUUCGGCCAUUGAUUUGAAACUGCAGCCGGAGGAUGGUUUUAUCCUGAAGAUUGUGCAGCUGGAGGAGCUCUUUGCCGUGCGGCAUUCCGUGUUCAUAAUUGGCUUUGCCGGCACGGGCAAGUCUGAAGUGUGGAAAACGCUAAACAAAACCUACCAGAAUCAGAAGCGAAAGCCACACUACAACGACCUCAAUCCGAAGGCGGUGACCAAUGACGAGCUGUUCGGCAUCGUCAAUCCGGCGACGCGCGAAUGGAAGGACGGACUGUUCUCCAUACUGAUGCGCGAUCAGGCGAAUCUCGGUGGCACGGGACCCAAGUGGAUUGUGCUCGAUGGCGACAUUGAUCCCAUGUGGAUCGAGAGUCUCAACACGGUGAUGGACGACAACAAAGUGCUGACGCUGGCGAGCAACGAGCGCAUUGCCCUGACCAAGGAGAUGCGUUUGCUCUUCGAGAUUGCAUCGCUGCGCACAGCCACGCCGGCCACAGUGUCGCGUGCUGGGAUAUUGUACAUCAAUCCCCAGGACUUGGGCUGGACACCGUUCAUCCAGUCGUGGCUGGGCACACGCACCAACACCAGCGAGGUGGCCACGCUCAAUGUGCUCUUCGACAAGUAUGUGCCGCCGCUGCUGGACAUAUUCCGGAAUCGCCUGAAGUCCAUUACGCCCAUCUCGGACAUAGCGCGACUGCAGAUGACCUGCUUCCUGCUGGACAGCAUGCUGACGCCGCAGAAUGUGCCCAACGAUUGCCCCAAGGACUGGUACGAGAUUUACUUUGUCUUCAGCAUUGUGUGGGGCUUUGGCUCCUCGCUGUUCCAGGACCAAAUCAUCGACUGGCGCAACGAGUUCAGCAAGUGGUUCCUCAACGAGUACAAGUCUGUGAAGUUCCCCUCGUCUGGGAAUAUAUUCUCCUUCUACAUUGACAAUGAGUCGAAGAAGUUCCUGCCGUGGACCAAUCUGGUGCCAGAGUUCGAGCUGGACAUGGAUCUGCCGCUGCAGUCCAAUUUGGUGAACACCAACGAGACGACUCGCCUGCGCUUCUUCAUGGACACCCUGAUCGAGGCGGACCAUCCGCUGAUGCUGAUCGGCCCACCGGGCUCGGGCAAGACCAUUCUCAUGAAUGCCAAACUGAAUGCUCUGCCCACCGAGAAGUAUGCGGUGACAAAUGUCCCAUUUAAUUUCUACACCACAUCGGAGAUGCUGCAGCGCAUCCUGGAGAAGCCGCUGGAGAAGAAGGCCGGUCGCAACUACGGGCCCAUUGGCAAUAAGCGCAUGAUUUACUUUGUGGAUGACAUGAACAUGCCCGAGGUGGACAAAUACUUUACGGUGCAGCCGCACACGUUGAUACGACAGUUCAUGGACUAUCAUCAUUGGUACGAUCGCCAGAAGAUGACGCUCAAGGACAUACACAAGUGCAAUUUUGUGGCCUGCAUGAAUCCCUCAGCGGGUUCCUUCACCAUCGAUCCACGACUACAGCGACACUUUUGCUCGUUCGCCGUGAAUCCACCCAGCCCGGAUGCCUUGUUCCACAUCCUAAAUUCCAUACUCUCGCAGCACUUGAAUAAUCCCGCACAGAAAUUCGACAAAACUGUCGUCAGACUGUGCGAGAGCAUGGUCACAACGGCCAUUACGUUGCAUCAAAAGGUGGCAGCCACAUUCCUGCCCACAGCCAUUAAAUUUCACUACAAUUUCAAUCUGCGCGAUAUCGCAAAUAUAUUUACGGGCAUUCUCUAUGCCAACAGCGAGACCUGCCCCAAUGCCAACUACAUGAUACGCCUCUGGGUGCACGAAUGCUAUCGGGUCUAUGGCGACAAGCUCGUGGACUACACGGACAUUGGCAGCUUUAAGAAAAUCGUUGCCGAUGCCGUGCGCAAGGGCAUCGAGGGGCUGAGCGAGGAUGUGGUCUAUGCACAGCCUCACAUCUACUGUCACUUUGCCAAGGGGUUGACGGACAUCAAGUACAUGCCCAUACCGGACUGGGAGCGGCUCAAGUCGUUGCUGGAGGAGGCACAGGACCGGUACAAUGACUAUGUGGGUGCCAUGAAUCUGGUGCUCUUCGACGAUGCCAUGUCGCAUGUGUGUCGCAUAAGUCGCAUCUUGGAGUCCUCCAGGGGCUAUGCGCUGCUCAUUGGCGUCGGCGGCUCGGGCAAACAAUCGCUGACUCGCUUGGCAUCGUUCAUCUCAUCGCUGGACGUGUUCCAGGUGCAACUGACAAAGGACUACAGCGUCAACGAUCUGAAGGUGAACAUAGCGGGGCUCUACUCCAAGGCUGGUGUCAAGAACACAGCCUGCUGCUUCCUCAUGACCGACUCGGAGGUGGCACGCGAGCAGUUCCUGGUGCUGGUCAACGAUCUGCUGGCCUCUGGCGACAUCCACGAACUCUUCCCCGACGAUGAGGUGGAGAAUAUUGUCAAUGCCGUGCGGAAUGAGGUGAAACAGCUGGGCAUAAUGGACAGCAAAGAGAACUGCUGGAAGUACUUCAUCGAGAAGGUGCGCAGCCUGCUGAAGGUGGUCCUCUGCUUCUCGCCGGUGGGCGCCACGCUACGUGUGCGUUCCCGCAAGUUCCCGGCUCUGGUGAACUGCACGACCAUCGAUUGGUUCCACGAGUGGCCGCAGCAGGCCCUCGAGUCGGUGUCCAUGCGUUUCCUCUCGGAGAUUACGGUGCUGCCCCAAGAGCUCGCCUUCCCCGUGUCCAAGUUCAUGGCCUACGUGCACAAGACGGUCAACGACAUAUCGCAGAUUUACUUGGCCAAUGCCAAGCGCUACAACUACACGACACCCAAGUCAUUCCUCGAGCUGAUUGCGCUCUACUCGAAGCUGCUGCACGAGAAGGUGAAGGCCAAUCUGGAUCGACGCAUUCGCCUGGAGAACGGACUCAUCAAGCUGGCGAGUUGCACUAAGGAAGUGGACGCGCUGCAGGAUGUGCUCAAGGUGCAGGAGGUGGAGCUGAAGGUGAAGAACCAGGAGGCCGACAAUCUGAUUGUGGUCGUGGGCACAGAGAACGAAAAGGUGUCCAAGGAGCGCGCGUUCGCCACCAAGGAGGAGAAGAACGUGCGCCAAAUCGAGGAGGAUGUCACGGCCAAGGCCAAGCUCUGCGAGGAGGAUUUCCUGAAGGCGCAGCCCGCACUGCUGGCCGCCCAGGAGGCGCUCAACACGCUCAACAAGAACAACCUAACGGAAUUGAAGUCCUUUGGCUCACCGCCAGAUGCUGUGGUCAGUGUCUGUGGCGCUGUCCUCGUGCUGUUUGCCAGCAAGGGAAAGAUACCCAAGGACCGCAGCUGGAAGGCUUGCCGCGUCAUCAUGGGCAAUGUGGACAAGUUCCUCGACAACCUCAUCAACUACGACAAGAAGCACAUUCAUCCGGACGUCAUCAAGGCGCUGCAGCCGUACAUCAACGAUCCAGACUUCAGUCCCGAGAAGAUCAUCUCCAAGUCCUCGGCUGCCGCCGGUCUCUGCUCGUGGGUGAUAAACAUCAAUCGCUUCUACGAUGUCUACCUGAUAGUGGAGCCCAAGGAGCGCGCUCUGCUGGAGUCGGAGAAGGAGCUGCAGGAUGCACGCGACAAGCUGACGGCGCUGAACCAGCGCCUCAACGAACUGGAGGAGGAGCUGAGUGUUCUGCAAAUGGAGUACGACGAGGCGCUGGCCCAGAAGCAAAAGUGCCAGGAUGAGGCGGACAAAACGGCCUUCACCAUCGACAUUGCCAAUCGACUGAUUGGGGGUCUGGCCAAUGAGAAGGUGCGCUGGACAGAGUCCGUCAAAAGCUUAACUUCCGGCAUCAGACAACUGCCUGGGGAUAUUCUAACCAUUGCCUGCUUCAUUUCCUAUGUGGGCUGCUUCACCCGCGCCUAUCGCACCGAGUUGCAGGAGAAAAUGUGGGCGCCCGCCUUCAAGAAGAGCGAGCCACCCAUACCCUCCACGGACGGUGUCGAUCCCUUUGACAUGAUCUGCGACGAUGCACAGAUAGCCGAGUGGAACAAUCAGGGACUGCCCAGCGAUCGCAUGUCAGCGGAAAAUGCCGCAAUUCUCGUGCAAUCCGAGCGCUAUCCGCUCAUGAUCGAUCCACAGCUGCAGGGCAUCAAGUGGGUGAAGAACAAGUACGGCGCGGGUCUCGUGGUGCUGCGACUCACGCAGCGGGGCUACCUCGAUCAGGUGGAGAAGGCGGUGAGCAAUGGCAGUGUUUUGCUCAUCGAAAACAUUGGCGAGAAUGUGGAUCCAGUGCUGAAUCCACUGCUGGGACGACAACUCAUCAAAAAGGGCACCAUUCUGAAGAUCGGCGAUCGUGAGAUUGAUUUUAAUCCCAAGUUCCGACUGAUUCUGCACACAAAGCUGGCCAAUCCUCACUACAAGCCCGAAAUGCAGGCCCAGACGACGCUGAUCAACUUCACGGUGACCCGCGAUGGACUCGAGGAUCAGCUGCUGGCGGAGGUCGUCAAGGUGGAGCGACCCGAUCUGGAGUCCAUGCGCACACGACUCACCCAGCAGCAGAAUCACUUUAAGAUUACGCUGAAAUUCCUCGAGGAUGAUCUGCUGGCGCGUCUCUCGUCUGCAGGCGACAAUGUGCUGGAGGAUGUCACUUUGGUCAUGAAUCUGGAGAAGACCAAGAAGACAGCGGACGAGAUAGAGAUCAAGGUGGCCGAGGCAAAGAUCACAGGUGUCCAGAUCGAUUCGGCUCGUGAGGCCUACCGGCCUGCGGCGGAGCGUGCCUCCAUUAUUUACUUUAUCCUCAACGAUCUGUUCAAGAUCAAUCCCAUCUACCAGUUCUCGCUGAAGGCCUUCACCGUGGUCUUCAACAAUGCAAUGCUGAAGGCCACGCCCGCCGAGAAGCUCAAGGAUCGUGUGGAGAGUCUCAUCGACUCGAUAACCUACUGCACCUACAUCUACACAUCCCGCGGGCUGUUCGAGCAGGAUAAGCUCAUUUUUCUCACACAAAUGUGCAUACAGAUUCUAGUCACCGCUGGGGAAGUGGAGCCCAUUGAGCUGGACUUUCUGCUGCGUUUUCCCUACAUGCCGAAUCAAACUUCGAACUUUCCCUGGAUGACGAAUCUCGGCUGGGGCGGCAUCCGCGCACUGAGCAAUCUGCCCGCGUUCAAGGGUCUGGAGAAGGACAUUGAGGGUUCGCACAAGCGCUGGAAGAAAUUUGUCGAUUCGGAGAGUCCCGAGAACGAGAAGUUCCCCGGCGAAUGGAAGGGCAAAUCGGCCAUCCAGAGAUUGUGUAUUAUGCGCUGCAUACGCCCCGAUCGCAUGUCCUACGCGAUGCAAACGUUCAUCGACGAGAAACUCGGCUCCAAGUACAUCGAUGCGCGGUCCGUGGAGUUUGCCAAGACCUUCGAGGAGUCCAGCCCCGAGACGCACAUGUUCUUUGUCCUCUCGCCGGGCGUCGAUCCCCUAAAGGAUGUGGAGAAGCUGGGCAAGACGCUCGGCUUCAGUUUCGAUCAUGAGAAUUUCCACAGCGUUUCUCUCGGGCAGGGCCAGGAGAUUGUGGCCGAGAAUGCCAUUGAAACAGCCUCGCAAAACGGCCACUGGGUGAUCCUGCAGAACAUUCACUUGGUGGCCCGCUGGCUGCCCAGUUUGGAGAAGAAAAUGGAAUCCUCACUGAACAAUGCCCACGAGAAUUAUCGACUGUUCCUGAGUGCCGAGCCUGCGGGCGAUCCCCUGAUGCACAUUCUGCCGCAGGGCAUUCUGGAGUCGGCCAUCAAGAUAACCAAUGAACCGCCCACGGGCAUGAUGGCCAACAUACACAAGGCCCUGGAUAACUUCAGCGAUGAGACGCUGGAGAUGUGCUCCAAGGAGACCGAGUUCAAGGCCGUUCUCUUCUCGCUGUGCUACUUCCAUGCUGUUGUCGCGGAGCGGCGCAAGUUCGGGCCGCAGGGCUGGAAUCGCGGCUAUCCCUUCAACGUGGGCGAUCUCACCAUCUCCGUGUAUGUGCUGUACAAUUAUCUGGAGGCCAACACCCGUGUGCCGUGGGAGGAUCUGCGCUAUCUCUUUGGGGAGAUCAUGUACGGCGGCCACAUCACGGACGACUGGGACAGGCGGCUGUGCCGCACCUACCUGGAGGAGUUCAUGCAGCCGGAGCUGAUCGAUGGCGAGUUGAACUACUGUCCGGGCUUCCCGGCUCCUGGCAUCCUCAAAUAUGCCGGCUACCAUCAGUACAUCGAUGACAAUCUGCCCUGGGAGAGUCCUGCUCUCUAUGGGCUGCACUCGAACGCGGAAAUUGGCUUCCUGACGACCGUCUCGGAGCGUCUUUUCCGCAUUGUUUUCGAGCUGCAGCCGCGCAUGUCCAGCGGCGGCGGUGGCGGCGGUGAGUCCGUCUCGCAGGAGGACAUCACCAAGGGCAUCAUUGAGGAUCUGCUGGACAAGGUACCGACACCGUUCAACAUCCUGGAGCUGAUGGCACGCGUCGAGGACCGCAACCCGUACAUAAUUGUCGCCUUUCAGGAGUGCGAACGAAUGAACAUGCUGAUGGCCGAGCUGCGGCGAUCCCUCAACGAAAUCGAUCUGGGGUUGAAAGGUGAACUGACAAUCUCCUCGCUGAUGGAGGAGCUCAUGCUGUGCUUGUACAUGGAUCAGGUGCCCGAGCAGUGGACAAAGUUGGCCUAUCCCAGCAUGCUGGGCCUUCAAUCCUGGUUCUCCGAUCUCAUGUUGCGGCUGCGCGAGCUGGAGGGUUGGGUGGCCGACUUCCGGCUGCCCUCGUCCAUAUGGCUGGCGGGUUUCUUCAAUCCGCAGUCCCUGCUGACGGCCAUUAUGCAGCAGACGGCGCGCAAGAACGAGUGGCCGCUGGAUCGCAUGUGCCUCAACUGUGAUGUGACGAAGAAGUUUAAGGAGGAGUUUACCUCUGCUCCACGUGAAGGUGCCUAUGUGAAUGGCCUGUUCAUGGAGGGUGCUCGUUGGGACAUGAAAAUGGGCACCAUUACGGAUGCCUUCAACAAGGAGCUGUUCCCCGCCAUGCCCGUCAUUUACAUCAAGGCCGUCACACAGGACAAGCAGGAAACGAAGAAUAUCUACGAGUGUCCAGUCUAUAAAAUUCGACUCCGAGGACCCACUUUCGUUUGGACAUUUAAUCUGAAGAGCAGAGAGAAGGCCAGCAAAUGGACCCUGGCCGGCGUUUGUCUGCUGCUGCAGACCUAAGAGCAGAGCAAAGUCCCACCAACCAGCAGGCCUAUUCCCCACAGCCAACCGAGUAAACUAUGUAAAAUAAUCUUCGUUAUUGUUAAAUUAUAUUUCUAUACAUUCAAUUGAUGGAUC